AUGACGGAAGUUAUCGGAGCCCGUAGCUUCGUAUUCUGCUCACAGAAGAUCGGUUCGCCCCACAAGCCGGCCACUCUCUCGUCCGCCUCCAAGGGGCACCAUAAAGCGGAGGUGAGUCCAGUUUCGGCCACUCCUUCUGUCGGUACCAAAACACACCAACGGCAGCAACCCCAACAACCGCCUAAAAAACGUCCUCUUUCCGGUUGCCAUGCUCAGCCUUCCAGUCUACAGAGCGAUGCUCUGGCCGAGCAGCGACAAGAAGAGCCUCAGAAACCGCUACAGCCGGAGGUUCCAGAUUGCGGCGUCUCAGCCGCACAGCCUCACCAGCCCCCGUCGAGAGAGGGGGAGGAGGAGACGAAGCAGGAGCAAGCACCAUUGAAACCGGCCAGACCCUUUCAGACCGUCGACAACCCUCUUUCCGGCACCGCGGCCGCCUCUUGUCUCGUCAGCCGGUCGCCGAGGCAGCUGAGUCCGACCUCCUCUUCACUCGACAGCCCCGGCCGCAGAUGGGCAGAUGCGCCGACCAAUCGGAUCUUCUCGGACGUCGGCAUCUGCUCGCCCGGCAGCCCAUCUUCAGACCGUCUCAGUCCUUUUGCCUCGUCCGUUGAGUCGCUGGCCGCCUCGAGACCCGCCGCCUCGAAUCUGCCGAUUCUCGUGUCGCCAGGCUUAAAAGCGUCAGCUUCGAGUCUCGCCCAA